ACUGUCGCUUGAUGGCACUUAAGUCAUCUGGUUGUUUAACAGCACAGUAAAAUAAUCAAACCUUCAGGACACUUCAGACAGGCUGUUCCAGUUCCCCUUUUUAGAGGAAGGCAUAAAUCAGCUUUGUAAGGGAGGGGAAAACCCCUCAGUCACCCUUGGCAUCUUUUGAGAAGUGUGUGACAUGUCAAGGCCAGAUUGAUUUCCCAGGCGUUCAUCUGUUGCAACUCAACUACCAGAUCUGGCACCCUCACAAUGCAAGGAGCAUGAACAGAGAGAGGUCUCUUGAAAGGGGAGCCCCAGAGGGACUCGCUUCAACUCUGCAGCAUGGUGAACGGAGCCUGGGCAGCCACAACCACCCCCAGCAGCUGGCUUUUCCUUUCUGGCCAUGAGGCACAAGUGUUCGUAUCUGAGCCCUGGAGACUGUUGGGGGGAGGAAUCUGUGGCCCCUCCCCUGAGCCCGUCACCUCUAUAUAGAAGGGACAGCGCAUCAGGCUCGGUCUGCCCAGCUGCUAGCAAGCACCCGUCCGGACGCGCCUGCAUCUUCGGCUUUCUUCCUGGACUUCUGUGCCCUUUAAGCCAAAAUGGCACAGAAGAGCCAACUCGGUGAUGAUGAGAAAUUCCUUUUUGUGGAUAAGAACAUCAUCAACACCACAGUGGCCCAGGCCGACUGGUCAGCCAAGAAGCUGGUCUGGGUCCCUUCAGAGAAGCAUGGCUUUGAAGCCGCGAGCAUCAAGGAGGAGAAGGGGGAUGAGGUGCUGGCCGAGCUGGCCGAGAACGGGAAGAAAGUGACCUUCAGCAAGGAUGACAUCCAGAAGAUGAACCCGCCCAAGUUUUCCAAGGUGGAGGACAUGGCUGAGCUCACCUGCCUCAAUGAAGCCUCCGUCCUGCACAACCUCCGGGAGAGAUACUUCUCAGGCCUCAUUUACACCUAUUCAGGGCUUUUCUGCGUGGUGGUCAACCCUUACAAGCAGCUGCCCAUCUACUCGGAGAAGAUCGUGGACAUGUACAAGGGGAAGAAGCGCCAUGAGAUGCCGCCCCACAUCUACGCCAUUGCCGACACCGCCUACCGGAGCAUGUUGCAGGAUCGAGAGGAUCAAUCCAUCCUUUGCACGGGAGAAUCGGGUGCAGGCAAGACAGAAAACACCAAGAAAGUGAUUCAGUAUUUGGCCGUGGUUGCCUCCUCCCAUAAGGGUAAAAAAGACACCAGCAUCACGCAAGGGCCGAGUUUUGCUUACGGCGAGUUGGAAAAGCAACUUCUCCAGGCCAAUCCCAUCCUGGAAGCUUUUGGGAACGCCAAAACUGUGAAGAAUGAUAACUCCUCCCGAUUCGGCAAAUUUAUCCGCAUCAACUUUGACGUGACGGGAUACAUCGUGGGAGCAAAUAUUGAAACCUAUUUGCUGGAAAAAUCUCGCGCUAUUCGGCAGGCCCGAGAGGAAAGGACCUUCCACAUCUUUUAUUAUUUACUUGCUGGGGCCAAUGAACAAAUGAAGAUGGACCUUCUGCUGGAAGGGUUCAACAACUACACGUUCCUCUCCAACGGCUACGUGCCCAUUCCUUCUCAGCAGGACAACGAAAUGUUCGAGGAGACCCUGGAAGCUAUGACUAUUAUGGGAUUCACAGAGGAAGAGCAAAUCGCAAUGCUGAAAGUCGUCUCAUCAGUUCUCCAGCUUGGCAAUAUUGUCUUCAAGAAGGAGAGAAACACCGAUCAGGCAUCCAUGCCGGACAACACAGGUAGGUGCCAAGCACCCGGUCAGCCAUGGAUGGUCUUCACGAUGGGGUUUCUUUUUUUUUUUUUUUUAUUCAAGGUCGGACGAGACGUUGUUCAGAAGGCACAGACCAAGGAACAGGCUGAUUUCGCAAUAGAGGCCUUGGCCAAAGCAACAUACGAACGCCUCUUCCGUUGGAUCCUGACCCGGGUGAACAAAGCCCUUGACAAAACCAAAAGGCAAGGCGCCUCCUUCUUGGGCAUCCUGGACAUUGCCGGCUUUGAAAUUUUCGAGAUCAAUUCUUUUGAGCAGCUUUGCAUCAACUAUACCAACGAGAAGCUCCAGCAGCUCUUCAACCACACCAUGUUCAUCCUGGAACAGGAAGAAUACCAGCGCGAAGGCAUCGAGUGGAAUUUUAUUGACUUUGGGCUGGACCUGCAGCCUUGCAUUGAGCUGAUCGAAAGGCCGAAUAACCCUCCAGGCGUCUUGGCCUUGCUGGAUGAGGAAUGCUGGUUUCCAAAAGCUACCGACACCUCCUUCGUGGAGAAGUUGUGUACCGAGCAAGGCAACCACCCCAAGUUCCUGAAGCAGAAGCAGCUAAAGGACAAAACCGAGUUCUGCAUCGUCCACUACGCUGGAAAGGUUUCCUACAACGCCAGUGCCUGGCUGACCAAAAACAUGGACCCUCUGAAUGACAAUGUGACGGCCUUGCUAAAUCAGUCGUCUGAGAAGUUUGUGGCAGAUCUCUGGAAAGAGGUGGACCGCAUUGUGGGCCUGGACCAGAUGGCCAAGAUGACCGAGAGCUCCCUACCCAGCGCUUCCAAGACCAAGAAGGGCAUGUUCCGGACGGUGGGGCAGCUGUACAAGGAGCAGCUAACGAAGCUCAUGACCACCUUAAGGAACACCAACCCGAACUUUGUCCGCUGCAUCAUCCCAAACCAUGAGAAAAGGGCAGGGAAGCUGGACGCCCACCUGGUGCUGGAGCAGCUGAGGUGCAACGGGGUUUUGGAGGGCAUCCGCAUCUGCCGCCAGGGCUUCCCAAACAGGAUUGUUUUCCAGGAAUUCCGGCAGCGGUAUGAAAUCCUGGCUCCUAACGCCAUCCCAAAGGGCUUCAUGGAUGGGAAGCAGGCCUGCAUCCUGAUGAUCAAAGCCCUGGAAUUGGAUCCCAACCUGUACAGGAUUGGCCAGAGCAAGAUCUUCUUCCGGACUGGUGUCCUGGCUCACCUGGAGGAGGAGCGAGACCUCCGGAUCACAGACAUCAUCAUCUCCUUCCAAGCCCAAUGCCGGGGCUACCUGGCCAGAAAGGCUUUUGCCAAGAGACAGCAACAACUGACCGCCAUGAAGGUCAUCCAGAGGAACUGCGCUGCUUACCUGAAGCUGAGAAACUGGCAGUGGUGGAGACUCUUCACCAAAGUGAAACCGCUGCUGCAGGUCACCCGGCAAGAGGAAGAGAUGCAGGCCAAGGACGAGGAGCUGAAGAUGGUGAAGGAGAGGCAUAUCAAGGCCCAGGGUGAGCUGAAGGAGCUGGAGCUCAAGCACAACCAGCUGACCGAAGAGAAGAACCUGCUUCAGGAGCAGCUGCAGGCUGAGACCGAGCUCUACGCGGAGGCCGAGGAGAUGCGGAUUCGCCUGGCUGCCAAGAAGCAGGAGCUGGAGGAGAUCCUGCAUGAGAUGGAGGUCCGGAUCGAGGAGGAAGAGGAGCGUGGGCAGCAGCUACAGACCGAGAAGAAGAAGCUGCAGCAGCAGAUGCUGGACUUGGAGGACCAGCUGGAGGAGGAAGAAGCUGCAAGGCAGAAGCUGCAGCUGGAGAAGGUCACCGCGGAAGGGAAAAUCAAGAAAAUGGAGGACGACAUCUUGGUCAUGGAAGACCAAAACAACAAGCUCUCCAAGGAAAGGAAGCUUCUGGAGGAAAGAGUCAGUGAUUUGACAACAAACCUGGCCGAGGAGGAAGAAAAAGCCAAGAACCUGACCAAGCUGAAGAACAAGCAUGAGUCCAUGAUUUCGGAACUGGAAGUCCGCCUGAAGAAGGAAGAAAAAUGCCGGCAAGAACUAGAGAAAAUGAAGAGGAAGCUGGAGGGGGACUCGAGCGACUUCCAUGAGCAGAUCGCUGACCUCCAGGCCCAGAUUGCUGAGCUGAAGAUGCAGCUGGCCAAGAAGGAGGAGGAGCUGCAGGCUGCCUUGGCCAGGCUGGAAGAUGAGAUGAGCCAGAAGAACAACGCGCUGAAAAAGAUCCGGGAGUUGGAAGCCCACAUCUCGGACUUGCAGGAGGACCUGGACUCUGAGCGGGCGGCUCGCAACAAGGCCGAGAAGCAGAAGCGGGACCUGGGCGAGGAGCUGGAGGCCCUCAAGACAGAGCUGGAAGACACCUUGGAUAGCACAGCCACCCAGCAGGAACUCAGAGCGAAGAGGGAGCAGGAGGUGACGGUGCUGAAGCGAGCGCUGGAGGAGGAGACACGAGCCCACGAGGCCCAGGUGCAGGAGAUGCGCCAGAGACAUACGCAGGCCGUGGAGGAGUUGGCUGAGCAGCUGGAGCAGUUCAAGCGGGCCAAGGCCAACCUGGACAAGACCAAGCAGACAUUGGAGAAAGGCAACGCGGACCUGAGCAACGAGAUCCGGUCGCUCAACCAGGCCAAGCAGGAGGUGGAGUACAAGAAGAAGAAGCUGGAGGGGCAAAUGCAGGAGCUGCAGUCCAAGUUUGCCGAUGGGGAGCGAGUCCGGACGGAGCUCAACGAGAAAGUCCACAAACUGCAGGCAGAGGCUGAAAGCAUGGCGGUGCUCCUGAACGAAGCCGAGGGCAAGAGCAUCAAGCUGACCAAAGAUGUGGUGACUCUGAGCUCCCAGCUGCAAGACACGCAGGAGCUGCUGCAGGAGGAAACUCGGCAGAAGCUCAACCUGUCCACCAAGCUUCGGCAAGUGGAGGACGAGAAGAACAGCCUGCAGGAGCAGCUGGAGGAAGAGGUGGAAGCCAAGCAGAAUCUGGAGAGGCAGGUUUCAACCUUAAACGUGCAGCUCUUGGACUCCAAGAGGAAGAUACAAGAGUAUCUUGGCACCAUUGAAACCAUGGAGGAAGGCAAGAAGAGGCUCCAGAAGGAAGUAGAGGGCCUCACCCAGCAGUUUGAGGAAAAAGCUGCUUCAUACGACAAACUGGAAAAAACCAAGAACCGGCUUCAGCAGGAGCUGGAUGACCUUGUGGUUGACCUGGACAACCAACGUCAGAUGGUUUCUAACCUGGAGAAGAAGCAGAAGAAAUUUGACCAGAUGCUUGCUGAAGAGAAGAACAUCUCUUCCAAAUAUGCUGAGGAACGAGACCGAGCAGAAGCCGAAGCCAGAGAAAAGGAGACUAAAGCACUUUCACUGGCCCGAGCUCUGGAGGAGGCCCUGGAAGCCAAGGAGGAGCUGGAGAGGACCAACAAAUUGCUGAGAGCAGAGAUGGAAGACCUCGUGAGUUCCAAGGAUGAUGUUGGCAAGAACGUCCAUGACCUAGAGAAGUCCAAACGGGCCCUGGAGCAGCAGAUGGAAGAAAUGAAGACUCAGCUGGAGGAGCUGGAAGAUGAGCUGCAGGCCACCGAAGAUGCCAAACUGAGGCUGGAGGUCAACAUGCAAGCGCUGAAAGGGCAGUUCGAGAGGGACUUGCAAGCCAGGGAUGAGCAGAACGAAGAGAAGCGCCGGCAGCUGCAGAAGCAGCUCCAUGAGCUGGAAGUAGAACUGGAAGACGAGCGCAAGCAACGGGGCCUGGCAGCAGCCGCCAAGAAGAAGCUGGAGGUGGACCUCAAAGACCUGGAAGGACAGGUGGACUCUGCCAUCAAGGGCCGCGAGGAAGCCAUCAAGCAGCUGCGGAAACUGCAGGCCCAGAUGAAGGACUUCCAGCGGGAGCUGGAUGAUGCCCGGGCUGCCCGGGAAGAGGUCUUUGCCACCGCCCGGGAGAACGAGAAGAAGGCGAAGAACCUGGAGGCGGAGCUCAUGCAGCUGCAAGAAGACUUGGCUGCCGCAGAACGGGCUCGGAAGCAGGCGGAGCAGGAGAAGGAGGACCUGGCGGAAGAGCUGGCCAGCUCUGCCUCCGGGAGGACCAGCCUGCAGGACGAGAAGCGCCGCUUGGAAGCCCGGAUCUCCCAGAUGGAGGAGGAGCUGGAGGAGGAGCAGGGCAACAUGGAGGCCAUGAGUGACCGCUUCCGCAAGGCGGUGCAGCAGUCAGAGCAGCUGAGCAACGAGCUGGCCACGGAGCGUGCCACGGCACAGAAGAACGAGAGCGCCCGCCAGCAGCUGGAGCGGCAGAACAAGGAGCUGAGGUCCAAGCUGCAGGAGAUGGAGGGGGCUGUCAAGUCCAAGUUCAAGGCCACCAUCUCGGCCCUGGAGGCCAAAAUCAGCCAGCUGGAAGAGCAACUGGAGCAGGAGUCCAGGGAAAAGCAGAUGGCGGCCAAGGCCCUGCGUCAGAAGGACAAGAAGCUGAAGGAGACCCUGCUGCAGGUGGAGGAUGAGAGGAAGCAGGCCGAGCAGUACAAGGACCAGGCAGACAAGGGCAGCGCCCGGGUGAAGCAGCUAAAGCGGCAGCUGGAGGAGGCGGAAGAGGAGUCCCAACGCAUCAACGCCAGCCGCCGGAAGCUGCAGCGGGAGCUGGACGAGGCCACGGAGAGCAAUGAGGCCAUGGGGCGGGAGAUGGUGGCCCUGAAGAGCAAGCUCAGGCGCGGGAAUGAGCCGGUGUCCUUCGCCCCCUCACGCCGAUCGGGGGGUGCUGGUGGUGGCCGGCGGUCGGUUGAAAAUGCCGCCGAAGGUUCCGAGGAAGAGGGAGAUCCCCGGGAUGCAAAUUUCAACGGAACAAAAUCCAGUGACUAACCAGCUCCCACCACCACCACGCUUGCCCGUUUGACUGCUGCACAGAAAAAGGAAAAGGGGGGGGGGCAUUAGCAGCACUCUAGGCCGCUUUGCCUGUUCCAAAGCCACGUCCUCCCCACCCACAGCUGCCUGUACUCCCCCAUAGACACUGAGCUGCGGCGGCCUUAGUCGCGCAGCUGCCUUUCUGCAAGGGUCACACCCGUGCCUGGCUGACCAGACCAGGGCCACCCCCCAGAAGUGCUCUGUACCCCUAGGAGACAAAGCCCACUUGCCUUGUCCCCCCCCCUCAAAUUGUUGUUCUUCCCCAAUGCUUCCAGCCUUUUAGAAGGCACCCCAAUAUUUGCCAAAACCCAAGUGGCUUUUUGAGUCACUGCUUUGGGGGUGGGUGGGAGGGGAGGG